GGACUUGGCCCACAAAUAGGUGACGUAAACUGGCAAAAGAUUUGAGUCCUCAUUGAAAGGUCGGUUGUUACUGUCUUCGGAGGGUGAUUGGGCAGAGUGGACGUCUAGUAACCCAAAUGUUGCGUGUCUGAAUGUCAUCACUAGCAACAUUCGCAUUUUAGCUAAUUAGCAAUUUUGCAACUACUUAGUAUGUUAGGUUAAAUUGUUAAGGUUAGCUAACCAUACGAAUUCUAAUACCUAACAUAUAAUAAAUGGAUAAUGGACCCACAAAUUAAUACAUACCAUACAUAACUUAUCAUACUAAUUUGAGGGCCAGGCUUUUUGUUUACUAUGUUACGUCGACCCCUGAGUCGAGGUUGCUACUCAGGAGUGUGGGUGCUGGUACAAUCUCGUAGAGCUCGGGGAACGCAUCGAAUAUGAAUUGAAAACUUUUUAUGGUUUUGCAUGUUGAAUUUGAUGACUAAUUUAACAACAUCCAAUGGAUAAAGAAACCAUGUCCACCAAUUUUGGUCUAUCAAGAACUAUGAAAAGGACAGGCAGUUUGUCUUCGAGAACGGUCAGGAUAGUGAUAUUGGGCCAAGCGGCUGUUGGCAAAACUGCAAUGGCUGUGCGCUUUAUCACUAGAAGAUUCAUUGGCGAGUAUGACCCAACGCUCGAGACCAUAUACAGACAUGAGAUGUCUAUUGGUGGUGAUGUGGUACACUUUGAAAUACUGGACACAGCAGGGCAGGAGGAAGAUGCCCUGCUGAUCGAAGAGAAGAUAAAGUGGGGAGAUGGAUUUGUGAUUGUGUACUCUGUAACAGACAGGUGUAGCUUUGACGAGGUCAUGCGCCUCUGUUUCCUCGUCAAUCACAUCCACUCCUCUUCAGGCGCCCGCAAGUGCAGCCCUGACCCUCCUCCCAUAGUUAUUGUGGCCAACAAGAAGGACCUUGAGUUUGACCGAAUGGUGAGUACUGAGGAUGGAGAGGGCCUGUCACAGGGCCUAAAACUGCCCUUCCACGAGAUUUCAGUGCGUGACGGAUGGGAAGAGACAGCGGCCGUCUUUAGUGUUCUUUAUGGAGAUGUGAUCCAGCAACUUGACACUUCCCCAGCCUCAUUUCGCAGGAGAGCAGUCUCCAAGCUGAUGGAGAAGAUCCCCAGGAUCAACUCCAAUCCUCCUGGCCCCUCUGGCCGCAGCUUCAGCUUCAGCUCAUUCAGGGACUUCCUGCCUGACUGAGCCGGAUGGGUUGGGGCUCUGAACAGCGUCUGUGAUUUGGGUAUUCACAGGGGGAAAGUGAAACAUGUUGUUUUGGCAGCAUGCCUCUCUAGAAUAGCUGUGUUAGUGCUCUAUGGAAAGUGAUACACUUGGACACCUGGAUACCUGGAUAAGAGACUUGGACACAUUCGAUCGGAAGAUGGACCUAGCAACUACUGUAGAAUGUAAUUCUAUAAAUAUUUGUGGGGAUAAGAUUAAAAUCAAGCGUAAUAAGAGUAUUACAAUUCUGUUUGUAUUUUGAUGAGACAUGAACAACAAACUAAAUAUCAAAAACAUCUAGUAAUAAAAUGUAAAUAUUUGUUACAGUAUCAUGAGAAUAAAAUGAACAUUCUGAA